AUGCGGAAGCCGGGAUCUGCAGCUGUAGGAUCAGGGGCAUGGGGAGACCAUCUGUCCAGGGGGAGAAUAUCAUUGCUGUUGCUGGCAAUGCGAACUUUGCGCAGCCACACCCCGGAAAAAAGGGAUUGGCAAGAUGGCAAAUACGGCGACAUUCAUGACGCCGCCAUGCUGUUUGCCGUGCGCCACGUCAAAUUUGACGUCCAGCAGAAGCUGGUGUCCAGCUCCACUUCUCUCUCCAGGCUGCCCUUGUUGGCUUUCUCGAAACCCCGCUAUCGGCGAGUCUGCUACUACACCAACUGGUCGCAGUACAGAAAGGAGGAGGGGAAGUUCUUGCCCGCCAACAUCGACCCUUUCUUGUGCACUCAUCUUGUCUUUGCCUUCGCCAAGGUGGACAACCGAUGGCAGCUGGCGCCGUACGAAUGGAACGAUAUCCAGUACCCGUACUUGUACAGGCAGUUCAACGACCUGAAGAAGAAGAACCCUCACCUGAAGACGCUGCUGGCUGUGGGCGGGUGGACGCAUGGUUCAGGGCCGUUCACCCAGAUGGUGCGGGACCAAUCAAAUCGCCGCAUCUUUCUUGAUCAUGCUGUGCAGUACCUUCGCACUCACGGCUUUGAUGGACUCGACCUGGACUGGGAGUACCCGGCCAACCGAGGCAGCCCACCCGAGGAUAAGGACAAUUUCUCUUACCUCAUCAAGGAGUUGCACGAAGGCUUCAAGAACGAGGCGGAGCGCACGGGCCAACCACGACUGCUACUCACGGCUGCUGUUGCUGGCGGCGAGAAGAUCAUCAAGAGUGCCUACGAUGUCCCCAAAGUAGACAAGUACCUUGACUUUAUCAAUCUGAUGAGUUACGACUUCCACGGAUCCUGGAGUAGUUCUCUGGGCCACAACGCCCCGCUGUACGGAGGGGACUUCAAUCCAGAAGAGUCCAGCAACACCCACAGUGUGGACGAGGCAGUGAGAGUGUGGCUGGAGCUGGGAGCGUCACGGGAGAAGCUGGUGGUUGGCAUUCCUUUCUACGGCCGCUCUUUCACAACCUGCGGAAGUGACGUCAAGCCAGGCAUGCGCAACUGCGGGACUGGAAAGUCAGGCUAUUACACGAUGGAGAACGGCUUCAUUUCAUUCUAUGAGAUGGAGGACAAGCUGGCGUCUGGCUGGCAGCGUGUGUGGCUGGACAGAGAGAAAGUUCCCUUCGCUUAUCACCUGCCAACAAAGCAAUGGGUCGGGUAUGAUGACGUGGAAAGCAUCACAAUCAAGGCUCAGUAUAUCAAGGACAAAGGCUUGGGUGGUGCAAUGGUUUGGUCGCUGGAUCUGGACGACUUUGCGCCUAUUUGGAGCGAUGAACCCUACCCACUGGGCCGAACAAUCAGAAACAUUCUUGAUGAAGAUGUUGAGUAUCCGAAAUUCAAACCGCCACCCAUGAUUGGCAAAAAGAAAAAACUACCAACAGCAAGGAAGAUGAAAGAGGAAAAAGAGGAGUUAAUCGCUGUAAAAGGUGAAACGAAGAAGCAAGGCCCGUCACCCCAGAAACCUGAAUCAGUGAAUAGCAAGCCUAGCCCUGUAGACCACCUGGAGACGAAAGAGCACAUACAGACAAAGCUCAAGCUUCUAGACAGCGACAUCAAGAAGAAAGUGCAUCCUGGCUCUCCACUCAUGGGUCUGGCACCGAGAAAAACCAGUUUAUUCCCCACCACAACCUCCACAACCAGACCUAGCACUAGUACUGCCAAUUCCUCAACUACCACACUGACUUCUACUGUUUCGACUAAAGCCUUCUCAACAUCCCGGGUAUCCCAGCAUCCUGCUGAGGGUUGGACCAAACAACCAGAAGAAAAAAGAGCAUCAGGGGACAUGCGCAGUGAAACAGCGAGACAUCCCGAAAGUACACCCAUGACGUCACCAGCUUCGACAGGGUCAACCAGUCCCUCCAAGCGGUGGCAGGAGAAUUUUGAGCAAAGACUCUGGCACUUUGUUGAUGUGCCUUACAAGGCAACGAUGAAGCCAGCAAAGUUCUCGGGUGCAUCGACGACGAGGACCACAAUGACCACCCCCAGCCGAUCACCGACUUUCUCUCCAAAGUCAACGGCUUCAGAAAAAGUCAGGCAUACAACAACACCCUCUGCCAGCACCAGCACGUGGCGAAAUCCCUCAAAGCAUUCAGAGCAAUCUUCAUCUACCGUCUCUUCUGCUCACUCAUCUGUUUUCUCUACGCAUUCUACCGUUAUGUCUAAAGAAAGUACCACCUUUUCUUCGUCCAACCGAACUCUGACAACCAGAGAUUUAAAUGUUAAACCACUCAGCCCCCAGAAGCGAAAUGGUGGGAGAAGAUAGAAAAGAACGACGGUGACAAACAAGAGUCAGGUAACAUCAAAGUAUCUCCAUCAUCGUCUCUAGGACUGACGACGACCACAGGGCGUAUAUCGAUACCCACUACCACGCACGAGAAACGUAAAGCAAAGUGGUGGAAUCACGUGACCAAAGCAGCCACAAUCCCAGCAGCACCUUUUCAACAGCAUCUUCACCUCUGUUAGGGUCGAGCACUCUGCAGACAUCGCCAAAGAAUGGACAGAGUCUUGGCGUGAAGUCUGACAACAUUUUGACCAGCACAACGGUAUCUACUAUGAAGAGAGAAAAUCCCACGACCAGACCUCUGCUACUGUCUUACAAGAUAGGUCAGGCGCAUCCUUCGGAACCUUCCAGAACGCCUGACUCUGUAGCUACCCACAAACUGCCUCGGUCAGACGAUGGAGAUAAACCUGGGUUGAUCAUCCACAGCUUAGUGAAGCCUUCAACACAAGUGAGCAGUCUGAGGUCAGCAAGCACUUCCACUGCGGUACCCGUAGCCGCAACGAGUGGUGGAGCGGUACGCUACGUGUACAAGGAGAUCAGCGGUACGGAUGUGGAGGUCAGGACCUCUGACGACAAGCCUCUGAGGACGAUCAUCUCAGUGGAGGUGAAGUCGAGGGGCGACACGCCGUUAGACACCGGCAACCUUGUGUACGAGACACACGACAGUAAAGGCGGUAGGUAUGUCGUCAGCGGACAGAGAACGAAUGUCGGGGAGGUCAAAGGGAAACACCCACCCGCCAACAGUAUCUUCUCCAGGAUGACAACGACCAAAGCCAGCUUUGAUGAAGCAUACAGUUCACUGACGACGGCGUCAACGACAGCAUCUACAAGCGUCAAUACUACUACUACUACAGCGGCACCAACGUCGGCAACGACGACACGAUGGUGGGAACGGACUACAAAGGUGAACGGGACCUCGCACGUCAGUGCGACAUCAACGACCACUGCUGCAACCCACCGUCAAGUCGACGCUGCUGUCAAGCACAACUGGAAUGUCUCCUUCUGGCAAGAAUCACACACAAACACCUAGUGAAUGGAUCAAGGUGACACAGACACCUACAGCGACCACUGCGUUACCCCCGAAGACGUCAGUCACGUGGUCAUCUGUCAGCAGACGUCAUCUACCCGAUCUAAACGUCACACUCGAGAAAACGAGGGCAGCCACGAUCAUUCCAGUUUUUAAGUUCUCUUCUCGUUUACCCGUUGGUACAUCGACACCAAGCAGCCGGCUGUCGACAGUCUCGUCUACAUCUCCACAGCGGGAGGAUCAAUCCGGGUCAACGGGUCAUCGGUUGCAUACGCCGCAUCCUUCAAGCGGAACUUUAGGAGGGGUCAUGCCAGACGAGAAAGAGGUCGAAGUGUUGCGGUCCGUAGAGGAUGUGAAGGUGGAAGACAAUGGCGAGGACUGGCAGGCACGCCUGACUUGGUGGCACAGGACGGGUAAGCCUCUACGUGUGGAGGUGCGGGGUAACCUCCUGAAGUCACCAACGCAGCGGCUUGAGGACACCACCAAGAAGUGUGACCCGGAUGCGCAGGUUGAGCAGUUCAAGGCAACAGGCAGCGAGCCCGAUAACAUGCAUGCUGGCGUGGAGGUCACGUAUGACGUCAGCAAGGUCAAGUCGCCCUCGCACCUUCCUGACAAUAUGGACGAAAUGCCUAUAGAGGCCAUCUUCUACCCAGACUACCAGGAGUACGAGUUCCAGUGUCCCACGGUGUUUGGCAUCUACUCUGACCCGCUGGACUGCACGCGCUUCUACCAGUGCGUGUGGCUGGUCGCCUUCCAUCAUGUCUGCGGUCCUGCACGGUGUGGAACGACGAUAUGAAGAUCUGCGACUGGCCCACGGCUUUCUCCUGCCGCUCAUAACACUUCAUCCAGCCAGCCACUCAGCCGCUCAGCCAGCCAUCACAUCACCAAUAUCGUCUGUCGUCCUCACUGUCUCCAUCUUCGCCAUUCAGUGUCGUCGGGCAGCAGCCAUUGCGCCAUCCUGUGUCUGGUGUGUCGGCUGCAGCCAAGGAUCCAUCUGGUUCUGGAAGCUUCUUUAUUCAGUCGAGUCCUGCAGGUCCUGCGGUGCGUGUGUCCACGUGUUUUCUGCUUCGUGAAGGCUAUAGUUGGCUGAGUCAUAUCAAAGUCAGACAAAACAAUCUUGCAGUAUUAAAUAUUGUCUUUGGAACACGUGUAAGUCCGUGAUGGCAACAUUAGGGCAACUGCUUGGCAAUAGAUAUUGCCAGUACACACAUCCACAACUCUCUCUGUCUUUCUGCAUUCUCCACAAUGCUUCUCCUUACAUCAAAGAAAGAAUUUUUCCAGCCUCUCACUUUACUCUUUCUACUUCUUCUCUUCUGGUUGUUGUCCAGUUGAAGCAACACUGUUCGUAUAGUUGUUAUUAUUGCUGUAAUUACUAAGGAUAAUACUUGUUCACGUUUUCUAUCAGGGUUCAAGUUAUUACAUAUUUUUAACCCACGAUCACAAAAAUUAAUGAACAAUUGUUGCUAAAUCCGGUCUGGAAAGACUUUCUCUUGCUUCAGUCAAGAUUCGAACUCAAGACUUCAAAGGUUCACCCAUUUAAGCGGAUUUCGUUGUCAUAUCACAUACACGUGACUGGGUUUGAAAUGUGGGGGGUGAUGUAGAGAUUUUCUGGCCUAAAUGUAUUGUGAAUGUCCCUCUAACCCCAAGCGAGAAAGAAAAUUUUAAUAUUAUUGAGUGGAAAGAAUGUUAUAAUUUUGGAUGGAUGAGUAAAAACGUUUUUUAAUUUUGUACAGAGAUUUUCACAGUUUUCUAUUUUAUCCUAAGUUGUCAUACUGUAAAUAUGAAUAUUAUAGUGUUUUUCUACAAGACCCUGUUUAUAGUUUGACAGUUACUGUUCUUAUUUUUGUACAUUCAUAUAUUAUCAUAAUAAAAAUAUAA